AUUGUGUAUCAUUAGUUCUCUAAGCACCGUAUCGUACUACCUGCUUCAUGCACAUGCACGGCACCAUGGCCAGUCCUCAGGAGCACCUGAGCUGGCCUUCCUCUACAAACUUGAUCAACAAAACUUUCAGUGAAGACAAAGACUUCAGUGGGAUACAUGGUGAUCAUGCACCCACCGGAAACCAUCCUUCACCUGAGAUCAUAGAGGAUGUGCGAGAGAAGGGCUUACUUCAGGCAGAUCUAAUAGAAAGUGUGGGCAGUCCAGUCACCACAGCGGUGUUGACCAGCGUCAGCGAGGACUCUAGGGACCAAUUUGAGAACAGUGUGCUGCAGUUGAGAGAACAGGAUGAAGCUGAAACAGCUGUGCCUCAGGGCAACAGUAACACGAUGGAUGUAGAGAAUAACAGUGGGACAGAUGACAUUAAAAUCCAGUUCAGCAGAUCCGGGAGUGGGAGCAGUGGGUUUCUUGAGGGACUUUUUGGCUGUUUGAGGCCAGUAUGGAACAUCAUAGGGAAAGCAUACUCCACGGACUACAAACUGCAGCAACAAGAUACAUGGGAAGUUCCAUUUGAGGAGAUCUCAGAGCUGCAGUGGUUGGGCAGUGGAGCACAAGGAGCUGUCUUCUUAGGCAAAUUCCGAGCGGAGGAGGUGGCAAUCAAGAAAGUGAGAGAACAGAAUGAAACAGACAUCAAGCACUUGCGGAAGCUGAAGCAUCCUAACAUCAUCGCCUUCAAGGGAGUUUGCACUCAAGCCCCAUGUUACUGUAUUAUCAUGGAGUACUGUGCACAUGGACAGCUCUAUGAAGUGCUACGAGCAGGUCGGAAAGUCACGCCUCGGCUGCUUGUGGACUGGUCCACAGGGAUCGCAAGUGGAAUGAAUUAUUUACACCUUCAUAAAAUCAUCCACCGAGACCUCAAGUCACCAAAUGUAUUAGUCACUCAUACAGAUGCAGUAAAAAUUUCAGAUUUUGGUACAUCUAAAGAACUCAGUGAUAAAAGUACAAAAAUGUCCUUCGCGGGCACCGUGGCUUGGAUGGCCCCAGAGGUGAUACGGAAUGAGCCCGUCUCUGAAAAAGUGGAUAUCUGGUCGUUUGGGGUAGUUUUGUGGGAGCUGCUUACAGGAGAGAUUCCAUACAAGGAUGUAGACUCCUCAGCUAUCAUCUGGGGAGUGGGCAGUAACAGCCUGCACCUUCCUGUCCCUUCCACCUGUCCAGAUGGGUUCAAAAUCCUCAUGAAGCAAACAUGGCAGAGCAAGCCCCGGAACCGUCCCUCUUUCCGACAGACGCUGAUGCACCUAGACAUCGCAUCUGCUGACGUUCUUGGCACCCCUCAGGAGACUUAUUUCAAAUCCCAGGCUGAAUGGAGAGAAGAAGUAAAGAAGCACUUUGAGAAAAUUAAGAGUGAAGGAACUUGCAUACACCGGCUAGAUGAAGAGCUAAUUCGUCGCCGAAGAGAAGAGCUCAGGCACGCGUUAGAUAUCCGUGAACAUUAUGAGAGGAAGCUAGAGCGAGCCAAUAACUUGUACAUGGAGCUCAGCGCCAUCAUGCUGCAGCUGGAGGUCCGCGAGAAGGAGCUUAUUAAACGGGAACAAGCUGUGGAAAAGAAAUAUCCUGGGACUUACAAGCGUCAUCCAGUCAGACCAAUAAUCCACCCCAUUGCGGUAGAGAAGCUGAUGAAGAGGAAAGGGGUCUCUCAUAAGCCAGGGAGCCAGACGAAACGGCCAGACCUGCUGAAAUCAGAGGGCAUAUCCAGUGCGGAGGUGGCACCCAAUGGCUCACCAGUCUCAGGAAGUCCCAAAAUGUCAACACUCAGUAACAAAGGCCGAUACCGCUGCAAACCACGUCACCGACGAGGGAACAGCAAAGGCAGCUAUAAUGAAUUUGCAGGGAUCUUGAAAAAUCAGCCAGCAGACGACAACUCACCCCAGCCACCUCAUCAUCAUCAUCAUCAUCCUCAUUCUCAUCUUCCCAGCCUACAGCAGCACCAGCAGCAUAGCCACCCCCAUUACCAUGGCCAUCACCCCAGGCUAAACAUCCAGGGGCAAGACAUCGCGAACUGUGCAAACAACCUGAGGUACUUUGGCCCUGCAGCAGCCCUGCGGAGCCCCCUCAGUAACCAUGCCCAAAGGCGCAUGUCCGGCUCCAGCCCCGAUCUCAUCUCUACUGCUAUGGAAGCAGAUUGUCGGAGGAAUUUGGAGAAUGAGGAACACAAGGUUGAUCACUGGCAGUGUUGUAAAGCAGACCCACACAACCCCUGUCCUCAGGGCAGGCAGGUGAACAGUGGUCAGAAACAGAUGCCGUCCAUUGAACCAGGGAUGAACCACCCUGAAUCAACAACAUGUGGUCCCUUGUAUGAAAAGGCCCAGCUUCCUGAAAAGAUGGAGGAGGAAGACCUCAACAGCUGCAAGUCAGUGUCCUUGCUAGGCACCCCUCAACACCAGGCUGCCCCAGUGCUACCUUGCAAACCCAGACCUAUUCAAAAGAGUGGUGACGACUCUUCAGAACAGGAAGAAGGAGAAGUGGACAGUGAAGUGGAGUUCCCACGGAGACAGAGGCCUCACCGCUGCAUUAGUAGCUGCCAGUCCUACUCAACCUUCAGCUCUGAGAACUUCUCUGUGUCUGAUGGAGAGGAGGGGAACACCAGCGACCACUCAAACAGCCCAGAUGAGCUGGCCAACAGGCUGGAAGACCAGCUGACUGAGAAGCUGGAGGACAUGCUGUCCCAGACUCCGGAAAUCCCCAUCGAGAUCUCCACUCAGUCUGAUGGUCUUUCGGACAAAGAGUGCGCUGUGCGCAGGGUGAAGACACAGAUGUCAUUGGGCAAGCUCUGUGCAGAUGAACACAGCUGUGAGAACCAGGCACAGUUUGGAGAAUCGGAUUGUGACUCUUCCGAGGGGGAGUGUUCUGAUGCAACCGUCAGGACCAAUAAGCCCUGCAGUUCUGCUACUUGGUAAUGACAAAUUCCCCACGAAAGCCCUCCUGAUACUGGCAUUUGGAUUCCCCAAGACUCCCUUCAUUUCCCCCACCCCCUCAUACUUUGACAGGAAGAGAAACUGAUUCCCCUUCCCAUCCCAGAAAUGAUCUGCAAUAACUUGAAUCUCUGGAAAAAUGUCCAAAUGAAAUUAAUUCUCACUGAGCAUUUCAAUCAAGAAUGGCAGGGAUGUAUUUUAUUGAAUAAUCUAGCUACUGUAACAUUGAUAUUUAUUAUUUUUUUUUUACAUUUUAACACUUUUUACUGUAAAGAGUGGACUAUAUAUCAAGAGAGACAAUAAUUUGUUGCAAAAAAGUUAAGAAAGCAAGCAAAUGAGAGACACAUCCUUGUGAGUCUUACAUAAAUAGCAUGAUGGACACAUCAGAAUCUACUGCUGCUCUCCCAGGGGACCAGGCCUCAUGGCCCUAAAUGUUGGAGAAUAGAUAAAGAGAAACAAACCAAUCAGUCUUAUCAAAUGAAGAAGCAUAAGAGAAACCUUGCUAAAAGGUAACCUAUGAACAAAUGGCAUUCAGUAUAACCAGCUGGGUCACUUUUAAUCAGAAAGUGGACAUGUUCCUGGAGAAAUUUGGUACCAAGGUGCUUACAUCCAGGGUCUUCUGAAUCAAUACAUUCCCCCAGGAAUGUGAUAAUGGGGGUUAAUUUAUGGGGUUUUGGUUUAUUUUUUAAUCAGCAUUUUGUUGUGAGAUCCUGCAGCUGUAUUCUAACCUCAUUCUCUCUCAAGACUUGGUAUAACAGCACUUUUUACCAUCACCAAUCAUCUUCACUAUGGCAGACAAAACAGUGUGAAUUUCCAGCUGAGCAGAGAAAGAUCUUUCAGCUGCAGAGUGCCAUUUUCCCACAGUUUACUUCCUCUCUUUACUUCCCAUUCGCCCAUUUGU